CAGAGGCCGCAGCCGCCGCAGAACUUCCAAGAUGGCGGAAAACUUAACAAAAGGAAAAAUGAUGCGAUCUCUGUUCUUUAUUCUAUUGAUUAAAGUGGUUGUUUCUUUGACCCCCGAAGAAGUAAGAAGUUUCGCAUCUUCUGUACCCGAGGGUGGAAAAUUAUGGGCCCUUCUUGUGGCUGGUUCCAAUACUUGGGACAAUUAUAGACAUCAAGCAGAUGUUUGUCAUGCAUAUCAAGUUUUACAUAAUCAUGGUAUCCCUGAUGAACAGAUUGUUGUCAUGAUGUAUAAUGACAUAGCACACAAUUCAUUCAAUCCAACGCCUGGAGUUAUAAUAAAUCACCCUCAUGGACCAAAUGUUUACAAAGGUGUACCAUUGGAUUAUACAAAAGAUGAUGUUUUACCAAAAAAUUUUUUCAACAUUUUAUGGGGAAAUGAAACAGCUUUGAAAAAUGUUGGUUCAGGAAAGGUUAUUAAAAGCAAUCCUAAUGACCAUGUAUUUGUUUAUUUUUCUGAUCAUGGAGCAUAUGGUUUCAUUUGUUUUCCUGGUUUCGUGUCAGAAAAUGACUAUGACAAUGGGGACAUUACAAAUGAUCAAUUAAUUUCAUUUUUGAAAGAUUAUUAUGCUGCUAAAAAAUAUUCAAAGAUGGUGCUUUACAUAGAAGCUUGCGAAUCAGGAUCAAUGUUUAUUGAUUUACCUAAAGAUAUUAAUGUCUUUGCUACAACUGCAGCAAAUAAAGAUGAAUCUUCAUCAUCUUGUUAUUAUGAUGAAAAACUAUACACUUAUUUGGGUGAUGUAUAUAGUGUUAAUUGGAUGGAAGAUUCAGACAAAGAAGUUCUUUCAAAAGAAUCUUUGGAGAAACAGUUUAGAAUUGUCAAACAAGAAACAAAUACCAGUCAUGUAAAACAGUUUGGAGAUCUUACAAUUUCAAAGAUGCCAGUUAGUGAAUUCCAAGGUAGAAAGCAAGCUAAACCAAUUACAUAUCCAAAAGUUCCUUUUGAUGCAGUUCCAAGUAAUGAAGUUCCAGUGGAAAUUCUAAAAAGGAAAAUAGAGAGAACAAAUUCAAUAAGAGAAAAACAUGAACUGAAAAAACAGCUUUACAAAUUACUUAAAAAUCGAAGAUUUGCCGACAAUGUGGUGAAAGAAAUUGUCUGGUAUCUUUCUUUUGGUGAUGAGGACACGUACAAUCGAAUGCAUUUGAGACCAAAUGGAAUCAAAAAUAACUGUUAUUAUGAAGCAGUUAGAUAUUUUAGAAAACAAUGCUUUAAUUAUAACAAGAAUGAAUACCUUUUACGUCAUCUCUACAAACUGGCAAAUAUCUGUAAUGAGGGAGUGCCUCUUAGUAAAAUUGAAGAAGCAAUGGAUGUUGUAUGCACUCAUCCCCCUGUAUGUGGAAUAAAAUAAAAGAAAAUGCAGGAAAAUGUCAUCUGUAAUGCAUAAUGUAGAUUUUAUGGAUUUCUAUUUUUGUAUAAAUAAAAUUGAUGAAAAAAUGGUAAAUGUA